CUUUUUAUCAAACAAUGUCAUUGUCUAUACGUACUUUACAAUAAACGCGAGUCGCGACUUAGUCUAGUGUGAUCAAGGUGGGAAUAAUAAUUGGAAAUGAGAGUCACCUUUUUGUUAUUGUUAACUAUUUUUUUCAUUGUGGUCCAAAAAUCACUUUGCGAUCCACUUGUCCUAAUUGAGGAAGGCAUCACGGAGUAUUUUCGUACCAGAACCAGACCGGGAUAUCUAGAAAAUUCGAUUAGGGAAGCCUUAAUACGUACGUCAAGCAAGUUAGGAGAAGAUGGAAUGCAUUGCGCCCUUUGUAGAAUUGUUACAAAAAUUGUGAUAGAAUAUCGACGUGCUGGAACUAACAACGAAAUUAUUGGAGAUAUUGGCAAGGAUUUGUGCACUUUAUUUGCAGAUAUCGGAUAUGUCACCUGUGUCGGAUAUAUUGAUUUGACAAUUGACACAUUUGUAUUCAUAAUUGAUAACAAACCUGAUAUCACGCCCGAAAGGUUCUGCGCGAUAAGAUUGCAAGAGUAUGGUUGUGUAGAUCCAAACUAUGUUCCAUGGAGAAUUGAUUUGCCACCUGGCCGCUCACCCUCUUUACCAAGGAGACCUUCCGGACAAACUACUAGUGUUUUACAUUUAACCGACAUUCACUACGAUCCACUUUAUCAGCCGGAAAGCAACGCAGACUGUGAAGACGUAUUAUGCUGUGAAAUUACGUCCGGUAUCCCCAAACAGGCAAUUCACGAGGCUGGUUUUUGGGGAGAUUACCGUCCUUGUGACAUGCCUUGGCAAUCGUUUGAAAAUUUACUAAGCCAAGUGAAAAAUAAGCAUCGGAUAGAUUCGGUGUACCUCACCGGAGAUAUCAUCAGUCAUCAGGUGUGGAAUACCAGCAAGGAAUAUAACCAGCUGUACAUAACACAGGUGCUUGAAAAGAUACAACAUACUUUUGGAACAACGCCUGUUUAUCCCAUUUUGGGCAAUCACGAAGCUCAUCCUACGGACUUCUACCCACCUAACAGCGUGGAAGGUGAUUUCUCGAUUAGCUGGCUACUUGAUUAUGUAGCAGAAGAAUGGUCCAGGUGGCUACCUACAAGUACUUUGACCACAAUACGUCAAGGAGGAUUUUACACAGUGUUGGUGAAACCUGGUUUUCGUAUUAUUGCGUUAAAUAGCAAUGUGUGUUUCACUAACAAUAUCUGGUUAGUAUAUGAUGACGUUGAUCCAUACAAUCAGUUGCAAUGGUUAUCUGACACUUUACUAGAAGCAGAGAAGAACCAAGAGGCGGUUCAUAUUCUAUCACACAUUCCGCCCGGAGAUAUUGAGUGCAGUCAGCAAUGGAGUCACGAAUUCAGAAGAAUAAUCGAACGUUUUCAUAAUACGAUAACCGGACAAUUUAAUGGUCACACUCACAACGACGAAUUUAAAGUAUUCUUUAGCCAAAUUGAAAAGGAUAAAGUUAUUAAUGUGGCUUUUAACGGGGGAAGUUUCACCACAUACGUGGGAUUAAAUCCAAACUACAAGGUGUAUACUCUCGAGCUUGAGGAUGGGAGAAUGCUGGAAUCUGAACAAUGGACGUUCAAUCUAUCAGAGGCCAAUCAAGAUCCAUACACCAGUCCAAAGUGGUACAAGCUGUAUUCAUUUAGUGACAUUUAUGGAUUUGAGCCCUUCAAUUUGCCUCAAUAUCAAAAUUUAAUACACAACAUGUCGAUAAAUGAACAGCUAUUACAAAAUUACCAUCGGUUGCAAGUACGCAAUAGUACGGCGGCGUUACGCACGAAAUGCGAAGAUGGUUGCUUGCGGAAUCUCUUUUGUGGUAUUAUUUCUGUUGAAUACAAGGAUUUAAUAGAAUGUCGAAAGCAAAAGCAAUCAGGGGUACACGACGAAUUGUGAAAGUUUAACAUAAUCAUUUUAUUAAUAAAAAUUAUAAAUGUUA